AUGGCCGAUGCAUCACCUGCUUCCACGCGGGAAAUCUCACCCCGGAGCAUCAUCGUCUUGCUCAUCGGCCUUUCCGCAUGCUCCACCCGGGCGGAGCGGGAAACCGCCGAUCUCAGGUGUCCCGAAUACGUCACCCGGCACGCACCUCUCGUCUGGCUCCAUUCCUAUGACCGGUACAUGCCCAGCGACCUCUUGACGCACAUCCAGCACACAUCACCGGCGCUCGACGGGAGGCAAAUCCCAGAUCUCCCGGCCCUCGACCUGGACAACCUGGAGAUUCUCAAUUCCUUCGGCGACGAGGUGGCUCUCACGUCCAACGACGACCCUACCACCUAUCCACCAUGGCUCCUGGGCGCUUCCCCCGACGCGGAUGGCAGGAUUCACAAUGCCACGCCCUGCGUCGUGAUCCUCGUGGAGAAGAGCGAGAGCGACCUCGACGCAUUUUACUUUUACUUCUACUCGUACAACGAAGGUCCAAACGUCACCCAGGUCCUGGAGCCGUUCGACAGGUUGGUCAACGGCGGGAAGGCGGCAUCCGGGAUGCACUUUGGUGACCACAUCGGUGACUGGGAGCACAACAUGAUUCGCUUCCGGGACGGAAAGCCUACUGGCAUGUACUUUAGCCAACAUGUCGACGGCGAGUCGUACGGCUGGGAUGACGCGAAGCUGAGCAAGGUCGACGGGCGGCCGAUCGUUUACAGCGCGUGCGGUUCACACGCAAACUAUCCGACACCCGGAGACCAAAUUCACAACGCGGUGCUGAUAGACUACUGCGACGAGGGCAAGAGGUGGGACCCCGUCCUCUCGGCCUACUUCUACCGAUUCGACGCCGACUCCUUCACCCUGACGAGGCUGGACCCCCCCGAUGAAUCGUACCCCACGCCGCCACCGCCUUCGAACCUGACGUCCUUCUUCUACUACUCGGGCCGCUGGGGCGACACGUCGUACCCCGAUUCCGACCCUCGGCAGGAGACCGUGCCGAGGUUCAAGCUCAGACGGUUCCAGACGGGGCCCACCGGCCCACGGCACAAGCACCUCGUCCGCAAGGGCCUGAAGCCGGACCAGAGGCGGAAAAUGGGCUGGAUGGAGUGGGGCGUCGGCGUCUACAUGUCGCUGUACCCGUGCUGUCUGCGAGGGUGGAGGGCGUGGGUGUCGAUGGGUCUGGUCGGCGCGCUGGUGUCGGCGGCUGUCGUUGGCGUGGUCGUGGGUAUUAGACGGCACAGGACGAACAAGUAUAGACGGCUGCAAGCGGAAGAUAUACCAUUAGAUGAUUGGGCAUUAGAGGAUGAUGCGCUCCUGUCGUCGUCCGAGGACGAGGGAAGCCAGAAAGGGCAGAAGUGGUCAUAG